AAGUAACUGCGCCGUAUAUGUGCGCUGAGAGUACUUGGAGAGUACCGUUCUAGUCCGGAGAAUUCUGACAUCUACAAGUACCGGUUGUGAACUAUCCUCUGCGUGCCCGACGGUUCUGACUGGCAGCCGCGAUGUCAAUCCAUAACCAAGACCGCUUGCUCGUUCAGAUCGCUUCGUAUAACACCAAUUUGCAAGGAAUAUUCGGGCUACCCCAGGACCUCGUAGACUGGCUGUCUCCGACCUUACAAGUGUCCAACUUUCUGUCUCGAGAGCCUAGAGCACCGGACAUCGUUGCAGUCGGGUUCCAGGAGCUACUGCCUCUGCACCUUGGCUUUUCGGGCCUCUCAAAGAGAGUCAUUAACCAGCGGGAUGACCUUAUACUGUCGCAAAUCGAGGCCUAUGCGCCGAACAAGGAGAAGUAUACCCUCAUAGCGAAGAUCGUGAAUGUGGGGGUCGCCCUCCUGGUGUAUGGCCGUGACGGCGGCGUAGCGAGGAAAGUCUGCGAUGUUCAGACACAAUGGACAGGAUGUGGGCCGUUGUUCAUGGGCAAUAAGGGUGCCGUCGGGGUACGUUUCCGCGUUGCUGGAGACGAUGGAGGGGCCGGGGAGGUGUUUACUUUCGUCUGUGCGCAUCUUACUGCGCACGAACAUAAACUCUCUUCACGAAUAUCCGACUAUCAUCACAUCGUCCGGACUCUGCUCUUCCCCCCUCUUCCCAAUUCCGACUCUACGUCGCCCACCACCAUGUACUCCACCUCCCACCUAUUUUUCUUCGGAGACCUGAACUUCCGAGUGUCUCUCCCAUCCUCCCACCCCCUAUCCGGUAUCACCAAACGGGCUGACUUUGUGAAAGCUCUGGAAUCUGAGGCGGACAGGGAGAGUUUGAAGGAGCACGAUCAGCUCCUCCUUGAGAAGAGCAAGGGCAGCGCUUUCGUUGGUCUUAGAGAAGGCCAGUUUUGGAAGUUCAAGUGCACAUACAAGCACCAGCUCGGUGAGGUGGAGAAGUACAGCAUGCUGCGCACGCCUUCAUGGACAGACCGAGUGCUCUAUGUCACACAUACCGACUCGCCCGAAAAUCCGACCGAGUCUAAUAUAGAGAACCUGCUAUACACCUCUAUACCAUCAUAUACCACCUCAGACCAUAAACCAAUCGUGGCUCUCCUCUCUCUGCCUUCCGUCUCUAACACCAGCACGGCCACUUCCCCAACACUCCGUCUCCCGCCUUCCUACCGCCCCACUCCAGACCCUCGCGCCAACCUGAAGCGCUACCUCGGCCGCACGCUUGACCGCGUGGUUGGCUUUACCUGGCUGGUGCUCAUCCUCAUCGGUGCCGGCUCCGCCUUGCUCGGCCUUGCCGCCCUCGUUGGCGGGUCGCUGUUCUACACCUUCUGGCGGUGGUGGAGGGUGCGCUCGUUCGUGGUGCCCUUCGACAACUACUACGCCCGGACUGUGGAGUCGUAUUUGCAAGGAAAGUAGUUCUAGUCAUGUCGUUAUUUGUUUUUGUAUACCGGACAUUUGUUCCUUGUACCCUGUCGAUAUCCGAUGCGGAUACCCUUUGGAUUGUAUACUAAUCACUACACCAUGUCGUGUAACAAUAACUAAUGUUGUGAACUUCGUAUGAACCUGGAUUACUAUCUUACAGAACAAUAUGUCUAUCUACGCCGUGAAUGUGUGGAGAAAAGUCGUGACCGAAAACGUAAACGAACAACACUCGAGCGUCCGAGAGGGCCAGGGUCAAUAAAUAUCAUACACAGCACACCUCAGACUUCCUCCUCACUUUCCCCCACCACGCUCUUCGCCUUCGCCUUUCGCCCCCUGUCCUCCCCGACAUCCCCCACCAACGUCUCCUCCCUCCCCAAAGAGCGCCGUCCCUCCGCCUCCUCCACAUCCCCACCCCCGUCCUCCUUCGGCAGCCGAAUCAGCGCGAGCAGCAGAAACGACAGCGCGACGCCGCCCGCGGACAAAAAGAAGAUCGCC